GGUCCAUUAACGUACCACUAUAUAAACGUGGAUCAGGGCUACCGACGAUAUCCCGAGUCGACUAGGGUUUUGCUAUAUCCUUCCCUCGGACGAAGCCCUAGCUUUUUCGCCGCCUCCGUUCCCACCGCAAGCAUGUCGGGGAGGAAGAAGACUAGGGAGCCUAAGGAGGAAAACGUGACGCUCGGUCCCACAGUAAGAGAAGGAGAGCAUGUGUUUGGUGUCGCCCAUAUUUAUGCUUCGUUUAAUGAUACCUUCAUUCAUGUCACGGAUUUGUCCGGGAGGGAAACGCUUGUUCGGAUUACUGGUGGAAUGAAGGUUAAAGCUGACAGGGAUGAGUCGUCUCCUUAUGCUGCAAUGCUUGCUGCCCAAGAUGUUUCUCAGCGCUGCAAGGAGCUUGGCAUUACAGCUCUUCAUAUUAAGCUUCGAGCUACUGGUGGGAAUAAGACGAAGACACCUGGUCCCGGUGCUCAAUCGGCCCUUAGAGCUCUUGCUCGCUCUGGAAUGAAAAUUGGUCGUAUAGAGGACGUGACUCCAAUCCCAACAGACAGCACCCGCAGAAAGGGUGGACGAAGAGGAAGGAGGCUGUAACUGCAUCCCCGCUAUCACAUCUAUAUGGGGGGAGCACGACUUCCCAUGUUAUGUUUUUAUGCUCUUACCAAGUUGUCGGCGAACAGUUUUGUAGUUUCUGCGACAGUUUCGUUGAUGUUUAUCUGGGAUGUUAGAUUUGAAUUUGUUUGGUUAAAUGUUUGGAAAUGAUGUGCUUUGAGACAUGUUUGUAGUAUGACGUGGACUUCUGUUCCAAAAUAUUUGCUUUGUCUGGAGCGAAGUGCUUUAUUCAACCCAAUGUCUUAUGCCUUUUUGGUGAAAGGUUCGAUCGGCAGUGUUUUUUGGUUUU